CAUUCUGUGUUAUUAAAUGUUUGCUACUGCUUAAGCUGCUGCUGCUGCUGCAUUCGUGCUGUACUGUUUGAAUACCAACUGGAGGCCUUGGGAUUAGCAGACACUCCAAAGCACAGCUAGAAUACCCACGCUGCACAUGAGCUGCAGAGAUGUGGUCUGACAGCUGAAGGCACGGCAGUUCUCAGGUUGCAGGAGAAGUGUUGUCUGCCAUCCCAAUAAUCAAUACAGGACCUGGUUUACAAGCGUCAGCUGUGUCACAGUGCCUCCAUUGCCAAGAACAGGUUCUAAUGGGUGGCACAAAAAGUACUUGUGGGCCAGCUUCUGUGAAUACAAAUGCACAGUGGCAACCUAAUGCAGUACGUGGGUGCCUUUUGGGAGAUUAGGAUGGACUUGAAGUUAAAACAGAACUGGGAAGUGGGGAAUAUGUGAGCAUCAAGAAAGUGUAUGUAAGGGAAAGGUGUUUUUUGUAGUGAUCGUGCAUGUCUGUCUGAGAUCUGAAGGACACUGAAGUUCUUCAGGGAAUGUGGUGGGCAUUUAUUUUGUUUGUUGAGUUGGUGGCUUUUUUGAACUUGUUCAUUGUUGUCUAAUGGUAGGGUCAAGGGCACAUUUAACAGGUUCUGUUGUGAAACAGAUGUCAGGGGGCUGGAUUUCUCUAAUAAAUGUUAGCGAGGGGAUGUGAGCAAGCAAACCUCUUUCCUGGAAUCAGACUUGAACUUCAGGACUCUGUGAUUGGCUGUGCAUUCCAGGCUAUAGAUUCAAGGCUGUUCCUCAGUAACUUGCAGUUGCUGUUUUAUGUAUAUAUUUUUAAAACUGAAAAUACAACCUGUCAUAGUCUGAAGUUUGUUAGAAGCUUGCCCGUUAAAUUCUAUUUGUAUUCCUUCCAGCUGUCUGCUUGCUUUGCACUUUUUCUGUCAUGUAGAGCCACAUUUAGACAGAGGUAUUAUCUUGCAGAAGGGGUCAAACUGAAAAUUGUUUGAAGAAAAUAUGUCUUCAGAAUUGAACUACAUUCUUAAAUGGCGUCAGGCCCUGGUGUUGAAGUGCUCAAGCCUUUUUAGAAAUAUUUGUGUGUUAAUCUGUCUGAAUGAUUGUUCAGAAAAAGCAUGCAGGACCAGAGUAAAGCUUAACUGUGUUAUUACUACUGGGAUAUGAUUACCACCAGACCCCCUGUAUCAGAAUUUAAGAUAUGUGGAAGCAUUGCAACACUUGCACUAGAUUUUGUAGGCUUCUUAUCUUCUGCUUAUAAUUUGCUAUUCUUGACACUUAAACUUGUUUAGUUAUAUAUACAUAAACAUAUAUGUUUGUGCAUGUAUAACAAAAACUAUAUAUGUAAACAUAUCCAUACAUGUAAAGAAGCUGUAACAGACAUCAAUACAUUUAUUUUUACUAUGCUUUGUUUCUUAUGUUGCAAUUAAUCUUCCUUCUACUCCUCCUGUCCCUAGGGUCAGUUAAGUGAGAGCAUGGACCACGGGGGAGUUGGCCAAUAUGACCUUGGCAUGGAACAUUGUGAAAAAUUUGAGAUUUCAGAAACUAGUGUAAACAGAGGUCCAGAAAAGAUCCGACCGGAAUGCUUUGAGUUACUGCGCGUACUGGGCAAAGGUGGCUAUGGAAAGGUAUUUCAAGUACGAAAAGUAACUGGAGCAAAUACUGGGAAAAUUUUUGCCAUGAAAGUUCUUAAAAAGGCAAUGAUUGUAAGGAAUGCAAAAGAUACAGCUCAUACAAAAGCAGAGCGGAAUAUACUAGAGGAAGUGAAACAUCCCUUCAUCGUAGACUUAAUUUACGCCUUUCAGACUGGUGGAAAACUCUACCUCAUCCUUGAGUAUCUCAGCGGAGGAGAACUAUUUAUGCAGUUAGAGAGAGAAGGGAUAUUUAUGGAAGACACGGCUUGCUUUUACCUAGCAGAAAUCUCAAUGGCACUGGGGCACUUGCAUCAAAAAGGAAUCAUUUAUCGUGAUCUGAAGCCAGAAAAUAUCAUGCUUAAUCAUCAAGGUCAUGUAAAACUGACAGACUUCGGAUUAUGUAAAGAGUCUAUUCAUGAUGGAACAGUCACACACACGUUCUGUGGAACAAUUGAAUACAUGGCCCCUGAAAUCUUGAUGAGGAGUGGGCAUAAUCGUGCUGUGGACUGGUGGAGUUUGGGGGCAUUAAUGUAUGACAUGCUGACUGGAGCACCUCCUUUCACCGGGGAGAACAGAAAGAAAACAAUUGACAAGAUUCUCAAGUGUAAACUCAACUUGCCUCCCUACCUCACACAAGAAGCCAGAGAUCUGCUUAAAAAGCUGCUAAAAAGAAAUGCUGCCUCACGUCUAGGAGCUGGUCCUGGAGAUGCUGGAGAAGUUCAGGCUCACCCGUUCUUCAGACACAUUAACUGGGAUGAGCUGUUGGCACGAAAGGUGGAACCUCCUUUUAAGCCCUUAUUGGUAUGUACUCAAGAGAGCUGUGAGAUACUUCUCCUGUAUACCUUUAGGAAAGGUCUUAAACAAUGUGGUAACUAAAACUUAGAAACAUUU